AUGGAUGACUGCAAUCGUAAUGUGACCGAUUGGGAGCUCUGCGUUAUCUGCCAAGAAUCAAACAAGGAAGGACUUCAGUGCCCCGCGAACUCAAGGCGAGCAGAUAAAGGUGCAGGCUAUAAAACACUUGCAGACAAUUUGAAACAGUUUGCUGAUCUGGGUUACAUGCCCAAGGACGUAAAUUUAUCGCGACUAGAUGAAGGCGACGGCAUUGCGGCUGCAUUCUUCAAACAUAGGGCCCGCUAUCACAAAAGUUGCUAUGCUCUUUUUAACUCGACAAAACUGAAACGAGCCCAAAAAAGAAAAUCUGAAGCCCCAGACGAGCCGCCAGCUGGCGGAAAGUUUCCUCGCUCAAAUGCAUUGGCAUACUUAAAGGACACUAGUCCAUCUUGUUUUUUAUGCGAAUCUGAUAAACAACCACUUCAUAGGGUUUCGACCCUUAGUCUCGAUGCUAGAGUUCGGGAAUGCGCAAAUGUACUGAAUGACGAAAAGUUGUUAGCUAAGCUUGGUGGCGAGGAUUUGAUCGCUCUUGAGGCGAGCUACCACGCCUCUUGUCUAUCUAUGCUGUACAGGAGUACAGAAUAUGCAAAAAGAGAUGCCGUGCGAGGAGAUGAAAAGCCACAUCGUCUAGAAGGUAUUGCCUUGGCGGAUCUCGUGACGUUUAUAGAGGAGUCGCGCACGAAUAGCGGGGGAGAGCUACCUACAUUUAAGCUAGCAGACCUAGCGAAGAUGUAUACCAAUCGCCUGCAGCAGCUAGGGAUGGAGAACACCGCAAGACCAAACAGUUCACGCCUUAAAGAACGUAUAAUUGCUCAGGUUCCUGAUCUCCAACCUUACAAUAAGGGACGCGAUGUAUAUUUGGCAUUUGGAGAGGAUGUUGGGAAUGCACUUCACAAGGUCCAUAAAGAAGAUUCUGAUGAUGAGGCCAUACACCUUGCGAAGGCAGCUGCGAUUGUCCGUAAAGACAUACUUACAAAUAAGUAUUCAUUUAAUGGGUCCUUCGAACGAGACUGUCAACUGCGUUCUAUCCCAGCAUCCUUGUUAUCCUUUGUUAACAUGAUCCUGUAUGAUCCAAAUAUCAACGCUGAAGAGGGUAGUUUUUCAAAAGGGCAGGCUGCUCUUACCAUCGCACAGCUAGUACAGUACAAUACUUAUCUCCGUCGCCGUGAAGGAGAUGUUAAGAAGGAAAGGCGAAAUAAAUCUCGAGAGUCUCCAGUUCCAAUCUAUGUUGGAGUAUCUGUACAUGCCAAGACACGCUGCCGUGACCUCGUAGAAAUCUUACAUAAACUUGGAAUCUUUAUUUCAUAUGACAGGGUAUUGAGCAUCUCCACGGAUCUUGGAAAUGAAGUGUGUCGCCGCUACUGGCAAGAAGGUGCAGUGUGUCCGUCUAAUCUUCGUCUGGGUCUCUUUACAACAGCUGCCGUGGACAAUAUUGAUCAUAAUCCGAGCUCAACAACAUCAAAAGAUUCCUUCCACGGCACAGGCAUUUCUUUGUUCCAGCAUCCAUCGGGAGUUACGCCUGGUACUGAACAAGCACCGAUAAAUAUCGCAACAAAUGCUGAUAGCGAGAAAUCGAUAAAAGAACUGCCAGCGUCAUACACAGAAGUCAUUCCGGUACAAGAAACUACAAGUAAAGCCCAGCCUCCAGCCAACGUAUCAGAGAUGAAGUCGGAUGAAAGCUCAUUUAAUCGCGGCUUUGAAGAUGAAUCCACAUGGUUAGAGAAGGCUAGCACUAUUGUGGUUAACCAAGAAAGUUUCGAAGAGAAAACCCAAGUCUCUUGGGCUGCAUUUCACUCUCACCAACCGUACUGUGUGCCUCCUUCGUCGGUUGCUGUUUCUGCUCUGUUGCCACUUUUUCCUGAUCAGGUAAAAUCGGUUGCAAUGAUAAGACAUGCCAUGAACGUGAUAAAACUGUCCGUAGAUCAUCUGAAUCCAGGUCAAGUCCCAGUCAUUGCCGUAGAUCAGCCAUUAUAUGCUGUAGCGAAAGAAAUCCAGUGGAGAUGGGCUAGUCAUUACGGCGAGGAUAAAUUCGUUGUAGUAUUCGGUGGACUCCACAUCGAGAUGGCGUUUCUGAAGGUGCUAGGAGAUUGGCUUGAGGGAAGUGGGUGGACAGUGGUCCUUUCAGAUGCAAACGUUGCUACGCCAGGAACCGCUAAUUCGUUUCUCAAGGCCACAAAUGUAACGCGCACUCGAAGGGCUCAUCAGGUGACAGCAUGCUCCUUAUUUAUUCUUCUAAAGAGAGCGUAUCAGAGGUAAAUAUGUCAUUUCAAUGGUAAAACUGGUGGGAAAAUCUUAAUGUUUUUAGUUAUAGCUGAGCUGCACAUUGCUGCUUUAACUAGCUUUACAAACACUUCACUCAAAUCUCAACAAGGUUAAGGAUCUUAACUUUCGGGGACGUAAUCCAGCUGGCUAAAGGUAGAGCGUGGAACAACUGCAUUCUGUCCUCGAGACUCUACAAAAGAAGCACCGAAAACAGCCAACAGAUAUAUUAGUUAAUAUCGAGUUUUGAUGUGAGCGCGAUAAGCAACCCCCUUGCGGCUCUGUAUAAAAUUUCUUACAUGCAUGGCUGAUGGAAAUAAAAAGGGGUGGAUUUUUUUAUCCCUGUAUUGCCGUUUAAGGCUUUAAAAUAAGGAUAAUUAUGUUAUCAAUGGAUUGUUACAUCGUAAAACUUAUUAGUAAAAUGUUUCACUUGUGAUAGGUACGUAGAUGGAAUGGGUAAUGGUGCCCUUUCCUUUGACGAGUGGUGUAACCAUCAGAGACGUAAAGUACCCCAGUUUCAGUACUGGCAUACAGCCCUUCAACUGGAGCUUCUUCUCCUUGUUUUUCUAAAGUCGCUCCGCCUUGCUGACUUUGGUAUGUACGUAGAUGCAGUUUACAAGAUGCUUCCGUGGUUCUUUGCUUUAAACCAUACCAACUAUGCCCGUUGGCUCCCUAUACAUGUACGCGAUAUGCGCGAACUCGACAGUAAGGCACCAGCAGUAGCAGAGGCAUUCAAGCAGGGUUUGUUCACCGUCACAAAAACCCGUCGAAGAUUUUCUUGUAUAGCUAUUGAUCAGGCCCACGAGCAGAACAAUGCUAUGGUCAAGGAUGACGGAGGGGCUGUGGGUCUGACAGAGAAUGCCAGCGCACUUUGCAGGUGGAUGCUAUCCGGUCCUGAGAUGGCACGGCUAGUCAACGAGUUCGAGGCAUCCAUGGCACCUGAAGUUAGACCUGGAACAAACAACCAUCGUGAAGCUGAGAGGGGUUAUCAAGCAGCGUACCACAAAGAUGUCAGGUCACUCGUGGAUGUACUUGACGACCUUGGGAACCCUUUUGAAGAAGAGGGCAAAGACCUGAUCGUGUUAGAUACAAAGGUGGUGGCAGACGAAGGAGGGGUAUCAAGAAUGCAGCAAAUAGAGGAUCUUGGCGUAAAGCAGUGUGACACGUUCAUUUCAGAGCGCCUAAUACAGCGGACAAAGCCUCUCGAUGACCCUAUUAGUAGAAACAAGCUCUCCUUCUUUGAAACUCCUUCCAAGAAGAAAAUUUCAAAGGCUCAACAGCAGCUUUCCUCUAUGAAAAGCGACUGUUCUCUUUUUUCACGACUGUUUAUUGCAUGCCAGAGCAGAAAUGGUAACUUGGAUGAAUUUUUUAAACAUGAAAAUCAAGCAUGCCCCCCAUCGAUAUCUGAUCAAGGAAAUUUGCGCCUCCCUCGACAAAAGUCUGAGUUAGCCUCUUGUCUUCAAGCUCUAACUACUCCCAAGAAUGCAGCCCCAGCCAAUUGUGAAGUCAUUAUUAUGGACGGAGCAGCACUGGUAAACAUGCUUAAGCCCACGGGGAAAGAGAAAACAUUUUCCGAAUAUGCCUCAAAUAAGUUCAUUUCUUAUGUCACCGCUCAGCUUCAACAUGUGAAAUGCAUUGAUAUUGUCUGGGACGAAUACGUGGAGAACAGCUUGAAAGCAACAACUCGGAGCAAUGUGGAUCAGGAGUACGACAACUAGUCGCAGCUAAUAAUAAGCUUCCAAGAAACUGGAAAGAAUUCCUUCGUGAAGAUCGGAACAAGCAGGAGCUCUUUAGAUUCCUUGCGCAAUGCGCUACUUCUGUUAACUCGGGUCAGAGACAGAUCAUCUCUACGUAUGCAAGAGGCGUACUGACGAGCCUUCCACGAGAUGACACCUCCAGCCUGGCACCAUCCUCACAUGAAGAAGCCGACACAGGAAUGUUUAUCCAUGCUGCUGAUGCUAUCCAAUCCGGCUUCACCAAGAUCAUUGUUCGUAGUGUUGAUACUGAUGUCUUAGUACUGGCCGUGGCUCUGGUACAGAAGUUACAGGCGCUUGCUUCAGAGAGCAUCCAACUCUGGGUGGCAUUUGGUACUGGGGAACAUCUUCGCUACCUUGCAGCCCACGAGAUUGCCAACAAAUUUAAUAACACCGCUGCACUUGCCCUACCUGCAUUCCACGCAUUCACGGGAUGCGAUACGGUGUCUUGUUUCUAUGGGAAAAGCAAGAAGACUGCGCUGGACACCUGGAAGAGUUUUCCAGAAGUCACCCCUGUGUUUAUCGCCUUGUCCAGAGCUCAAACAUAA